GCUAGUUGAGUUUGUUGAGUUCGUUUUACGACGGUGGUACGGAGGUACGGUACAUACAGUUUUGUCCAUGUCAAAAGAUGUCUGUUGCAUUUUCAGUGCGAUGUGAUUUAUACGCUAAAUAUGGAAACAACAAAUAAUUCCGUGUGGGAUGUUGUAUUACUCAACACUUUUUCAAUCGGGAAGAAAAAGUAUAAAGUGUAUUUCCAUAGGCAAACGUUAAUUUGGGAGAGUGAAACACCACCGCACUCACGCACCAGUUUACCAAUAAAUGACAUUAUCGCUGCCAAGUACAUCCACAAUGAUGACCAGAGCUGUUGUUCAACUCCGUCCGAGACUGGAGUGUCAGAAGAUGUGGACACUGUCCAUCUGGACUUCACCGUCCACUACGUGGUCCAAGAGAAGCAAAACGAGUGGAAGUACAAGAGAGUUGACUUCAAGGGUUCGGAUCAUAGACAUGUCACUAGCUGGGUCAUGACACUAGAAAUUAUGCUGAAAGAAUUAAAACAGAGACCGAAACACUUGUUGAUGUUUGUCAACCCAUUUGGAGGAAGGAGAAGAGGACUGAGGAUUUACAAGGAGGUAGUAAAGCCUCUGCUGGACAUCGCAGGAGUCAAAGUGGACCUGACGAUCACGCAGCGCGCCAACCACGCUCGUGACAUGCUACUGCAGGACGACUUGUCUAGAUACGACGGUGUGGUCUGUGUAGGAGGAGACGGGACAUUCUCAGAGCUCAUGAACGGUCUGAUCUCUCGGACUGCCCGGGACAACGGCAUCGACCCUGACAACCCCUCGUGUGACCUCAUUAAGCCGAGGUUACGUCUCGGGGUCAUCCCAGGGGGCAGCACUGACACUGUAGCCUACUGCAUUCACGGAACUACUGACAUACAGACUGCUGUUAUCCAUAUCAUUAUAGGAAAAAGUGCGGGCCUGGACGUAAGUAGCGUUCACAAUCAGAAUACCCUCCUCUGCUACUAUUGCAGUGUUAUCUCUUAUGGAUACCUGGGAGAUAUCAUUAGAGACAGUGACAACUUUAGGUGGAUGGGUCCUAAACGUUAUGAUUUCUCAGGUCUCAAAAAGUUUCUGGCAAACCAGGGUUAUGAAGUGGAGAUUAAGUUAGCUGUUAACGAAAGUAUUACUGAAGAAGAUUCUAAAUGUUUAAAAGACUGCAAGCGCUGUGCAUCUCAGAAAGAUUUGACCGUUGAUGAUUCCACUCCUCCAGAGUGGAAGACUAUCAGAGGCAAGUUUCUGAUGGUGAACGGAGCCAACUUAUCGUGUGCCUGCCCCCGGAGCCCCAAUGGCAUUUCCCCCCAUACCCAUAUGGGUGACGGCUGCCUGGAUGUAGUUUUGGUGCGACACACGUCCAUGCUCAACAAUCUUCGUCUGCUGCUCACUCUUUCUAGCCGGAUCAAAUCUAUUUAUGAUUUGCCUUUUGUGGAGGUUCAUCGAACGACACAGUUCUCUGUGCAAGCUGUUCCUAGUCCCAGCAGCCAGACUCAAACAUCCGUGUGGAAUUGUGAUGGUGAAAUGUUAGCAGACACCUCCGUCUCCAUCAAAGCACAUUGCCAGCUGCUGCAAGUGUUUUUCCGCGGAGUCGAACCUUGUUUGGAAGAUGAAACUCCUGGAUGCUUUUGUUUCUUAUAAUUGCCAAGUUUCCUGUUAAAUUGUUUGGUUGACUGAGGCUGUAGAUUUUGAUAACGAAGCAUUAUAUUUUUAAGGACUUACGUGCAAUGAUACAAUUGAUAUUGUAUAUAUAUAAAUAUAUUUUUAUAUCACUAUAAUAUAAGACAUACCAUUACAGCUAUUAUAGAUGUUAUCUUAUGUGCGGUUUGGUUGUAUUUGGCUGUGUAUUUAAUUCACAUAUUACAUCACAUUACUCUCUAGAAGGCAAAGUAUAAAAUUAAUGAAUAUCAUCAGGCAAUGUUAUUGAAUAAAAAUAUAAAUAACUUGUUAGUAUGAUCAAUACUAGGCAAAUGUUUAUGAAAUUGUUCAAUGAUUGUAAUAGUACUGAAUGCCGAAAGUGCUUUCAUAUUUUUUUCAUGACAGAUAUUUUUGUGCAUCCGGGGUAAUUGUUUCAUAGAAUGUUAUUUUUGUUCAAAAUUUUACUGUGUCAGUUUUAAAUAAGUGUUAAUGUUAUUCAGAGAAUUAUUGAGAAUACUUCCCAUCCAAUAGAUAGUGGCGGUGAUAUCGGGCUUGCGAGCCUUGACCGGGAUUUUCCCAGAAAUUUUAUUGGGACCCAGACACGCGACCGGCCCUGCCUCAUAUUUUUAAUUAACAUCAUUUAGAUAUUUAUAUGAUUACUACCAUGCGGUUUUUUUGGAGCGCUAGGACAAACAACAGCUAGAUUGACACUACUUGGUCGAUUGAUAGAAAUUCUCUACCAACCUAAGUCAUAAAAUUUACUGUAGUUCUGCGGGUGCAUUAACUGUUUUUGUGGUCUGUGUGAAGGCGGUAUAAUAGGGUCGUGUUUAGAACCAAUAUGGCUCUCGGCGGGUCACACCAGAGAGGGGCCCCUUUAUGCUGAUUCAACUGAAUAAACUCAAUCAUUUUUUUACUAUCAAAUUGGCAAAUAAACCUCUAAUAAAUAACUACAUCCUUUCAUUAAUACUUUUAGGGAGCUGCAAACCAGAUUUGUUUACUUUGAGUCAGGUAAAAAAUGUUACCUUCGGUUCUAGGGCCAAAAUCAGGUUGAUUUGCUUAGGAAAUUGUCGAUUUUAAUCCGAGCAAGCCUGGCCUACAAACUUGAAAUAUCUAGUACAAAGUCAGAAAAUCAGCUUGAGCCGAGCUUUGACGACCUGGAUAGCAUAGCAACCGCAGAACUUCUGCG